AUGUUCUCGCGACAGGCAGUGCUCCGCGCCGCGCGGUCCGCCGCCCCCCAGCGCGCCAUCCAGGCCCAAGCCCGCACCUACGCUGCCGCUGCCUCCAACGAGAAGGUCAAGGCUCCCGUCUCCCUCUUCGGCCUCGACGGCACCUAUGCUACUGCUCUGUACACUGCCGCCGUCAAGACCUCCUCCCUCGAGCCCACCGCCAAAGGCGUGACUUCCCUCGCCAACCUCCUCGCGAAGGACCCCAAGCUCGUCGGCAUCCUCGAGGCCCCUACCCUCUCUGCCGCCGACAAGUCGGCCGUUGUUUCCGAGCUCACGAAGAGCGCUGGCGUCUCUGGCGAGACUGUCAAGAAUCUUUUGGCUGCUCUUGCUGAGAACAACCGCUUGGGCUUGCUGCCUGGUGUGUGCGCCAAGUUUGGCGAGCUGAUGAGCGCUGCUCGUGGUGAGGUUGAGAUGGUUGUUACCUCUGCUCAGCCCCUCGAUAACAAGACCCUCAACCGCCUUGAGUCUGCCGUCUCCAAGUCCUCGUAUGUUGGUGAGGGCAAGAAGCUCAAGGUCAACCCCGACAUCAUCGGCGGUCUCAUCGUCGAGGUCGGCGAGAGAACAAUCGACUUGUCCGUCUCCGCCAAGCUGGCUAAGAUGAACAAGCUCCUUACUGACACCUUGUAAAUUAUUUACUACUACUACUACUACUACCUCUUUUUUAACAAGACCGUCAUGAGCCGCUCAGCCCUUUGCUUUUUUUCGCUCCUUUGUAUAGUGUGCAGAAAAGGGGAUUGUGAUGGGGAUAGGGUAUGAGAGUGAAAGGGGACCGGUCAAGUUUCGACACAUCAAAGGCUCGCGGUCAUUUGUCUGGAUCUUUCGAGAGAAAGGAAGGACGUCCCCCUGUGCAUAUGAGCCGAAAAUAGACGCAUUGCUACAAGUUGGAUAUCUACC